GCAAAGAAAAAACAUGGCAGGUCGGCUUUCGGGAUGAAACUCGAAGGUGGAACUCAGCGCUAGUUUCUACGAAGUUUUUCUUCCUCUCGGUGCAGCAACCUUAGCUUCUUUUCAAUCCCGAUUCUCAAGGCUUUCAAAUGAAUGAGUCCGGAGUAGAUCUCGACUUUGAUAUUCUAAGUCCUGAAGGCUUCGAUACACAAGACGACAGUGAAAUAUUUUACGAGCUGAAGUCGAAGGCUUGGCCAAGUCUUGCAAGGGACAGCAUUACCAGGAAACCAAAUUUUAAAUGUGACGAUUCAUCAACUCUUGGGUUGUUGUUAGACCGCAAGGAUCCCAUCAAGAACAUGACAAAUCCUAUGACACGGACAAAUUUUAAACAACAGCUCCAGCGUCAGCAACUUGAACAACAAGACCAGCUCUUUCACUCACAGAAAGUAGGCCAACCUGAUCAACCCCAUUCACAAAGUAUAGCCGUUCCGAGGACUUCAUCUCCUACGACACUACCUCCUGAUGUUCCUUCAAGCGUACUUCAGGUUAAAACACAGCUGGAAAAUCCCACACGCUAUUUCAUUGCCCAAAAACAGAAAAGACAGUUAAAAGAAUAUUUGAAAACUCAGGGCUCGCCCUCCGCAGCUGGAGAUUUAGCUGUAAGUAGUGCAAGUCAGCCCACCCUGAAUGCUAUAAAUCAACAAGCUGUCGCUGCUUUAUCUUCUGGUCAGCUGGUGGGACAAUCUGGGAGUCCCAUGGCUGUUAUGAGUCCAGAUGGAAAUCACCCAACAGAUGUCGAUAAUUUACUUGAUGACAUCAUAAGUCUGGAGUCGAAUGCUGGAGUCGAUGAUAGCCUUCCUUGGGAUGCGACUUUAACUCUGGGAUCGGUUCCACAAGUUGCAACAAGCAACGUGUUUGAUUUGUAUAAUGGACUAGGCAUGAGCACCUUGAUCCAGGGCCCAGCAGCAGCAUCCUGUCCAGCCGUCAUAAAGCAAGAGUCACAAGAGCUUAUGUUGGACCAAAGUUUUGCCAAAGACAGACAAAAGAAGGACAACCAUAACAUGAUUGAAAGAAGGCGAAGAUUUAAUAUCAAUGACAGAAUCAAAGAACUUGGGACACUUCUUCCAAAGCAAGACUCUGAUGUGCGGCAAAACAAGGGAACCAUUCUCAAGGCUUCGGUGGAUUAUAUCCGGAAGUUAAGACGGGAGCAAGAUCGCAUGAGACAAGUAGAGGAAGAAAAACGGAACACUGAGGAACUCAACAGAAGACUUUUACUUCGAGUUCAGGAGCUUGAGAUGCAUGCUCGUGCGCAUGGAAUUCCUACGACGCCUCUGACAUCAGACACCACAACAGCAUUGUUGUCAACUAUUUUAACCUCAAAGCCAACCACGGACGUAAUGCAAAUAAAGCAAGAACCUGUGGACGGUGGUUGUGCAGCAACUCCAUGUAGUCGCGAAAACCAGGAACCAAUGGAGGACUAUUCGCUCCCCUCAUCCUGCAACCCCAGUCCACGCUCCGCUAGUAUGGAUGAUGAGAUGACAGAUUGAGCUGAAAAUAAAUGAUUGCAAUAACUUGACUUGCUUGUCAGGAAUGCCUUAGGCCCACUUUCAAAAGGGGUUUAAACCUGUUCAGUAGCGGAGCUCCUCAUCUUGGUCAUUGGCAUGAUGGGACUGGGAUCAUGAAGGGAAAGCUGAGCAUGUCAAGUUUUCAGAAUGGUGCAAGUUCUUAGCGACACUACCGACUUGCAGGCCCUCUUCUUGAUAAAUACACCCAAGCAGAGGCCCGGAAGAAUGACAUAUCAGACUUUCUGCAUCAGGAACAAGUAACAUUACUUUGUCAGGGCUGUGUAAGGUUGUUGACAUGUAGUUAUUCAACAACGCUGUAGAGCACUGUUUGAAAACGUUUUAAGUUCAAGAUCAGUCAAUAUCCUGUUGUGGGUACUUACAUAUCCUAACCUUCAGUCAUAAUAUUGUCUUAUUUAUCUUUUCAAGACCCUACCAGGGGUGGGGCAGGGUAGGGACCUCUUUUUGCUGAUGUCAUUGGUCAUAGCUUUUGGAACACUGAUAGAAUUACAAAUUAUUGUUUGAAAGAAACCUACUGCCUCUCACAAAUCUGUGUCAGUCAUGUUGCUGGAUUUUUACUGAAGGCAAUACCUCUUUCAUUAGUGUAUAGCAAUGUUAAGUCAUAGUCAAGUCAGAUUUCUCAAAAUUCAUUUGUAUAAAAUACCUGUGGUUGCGUAUGUGAACGUGUCUUUGAAAAAUAUCAUCUUUUUGGGUAUGGAACGUAAUAAAGUUUGUGUUACAGUCUUCCAAACUUGAAAUGCAAAUAUGUGUGAUACCCAAUUAGAUCAUGUUUUUUCAUGAUGUGUUUAUGCUGAGAUGCAAUCAAUUGUAUAUACAAUGUCUUAAAGAGAGAAUUGAAAUUUUCCAAACUCUGGGAUUAAAUUGUGGAGUACAUGUAGACGCGUAAUCAUCAUGGGCUAAAGGGUGUGCAUUAGACUGGGGCUUCAAUACUUGAGUUCUUUUUCAGUGUCAUGUACAGCUAUAAAAGUUUUCCAAGUAUGUUAUCAGUCAGGUGUUGUUGGAGAGUUCAGAACGUCUCAACUCUUGAAGUCCCAGGUAUGCAAACAGUUGUUUAGCAGUCCUCGCAUGCUUUGUGAUAGACCAUUUGGAAAAUGGUUCCAAUUUAAACAUCUGUUGUUUCGGACUGUCCCACCAGACUUUCACAGCAUUGCGUCAUAAAAGCAUUUUUAAGUAAUGCAUAUGAAGGUAGUCUUGGACAACAGUGAUUUGAAUUCAAAGCCAUUUGAGGUCAUAACAGAAUUCUCAAAGCAGAUUUUAAAUUUAAAUUCUCCAAAGGGAACUAUAGAAAAUACAGGAGAAUAGGAAAGAGAAUUUAAUUUGUCAUCUUGGGAUUUGAAGACUUUAGUGACCACCGUACUGUAGUUAGUUACUGUUGAUGUAUCUGAAGGUCAUUUUAUUUUUUAUCCAUACGUGGAAGGUUGAAAGUGAUUACCGCUUCAAGAGAGAAAGAACUUGGUCAUUUCAGAAAUAUUGUACGCGUGAGAAUGCCAAUGAGUUUUUGAUGGAAUUUGUAACUUCUUGAUGGAAUAAUACAAAAAUAGUUUUAUAAUGUCUGCUAAGCACAAAUGGGGACAGGACAGGCGGCAACUUGAGAUUUAGCUCUUGUAUACUGAAGUGCUAAUGGGACAAUAAAAUAAUAAAUUUGAAUAGCAUUUUUAUAUUUAACUACAAAAAAUGGUUUUAGGAAAAAAAAAGUGGUUUUAAGAAACCACUAGAAAUCACAUCCAGACAUUAGAUUUAACAUACAAAAGUGUGAUUUGUGCAUGUGUAGGCCAACGCUGUUUGGCAUCACUUGGUAGUUGGGCUUUGUGCGUAAAUUAAAAAAAACAACAACUAAAACAAAAGAAAAAAAAAAUAAAAAAUCAUUGUUGAA